AUGUUGUCAAUAGAGUCCAAGACUGUAGACGACAUAGCAGAGACAUAUGCGACACGCGGCAUGAAGGAUAUCUUGGUCGGUCCUAGCAAGCGCCGUGCCGACAUCAACACUGGCCUUUUUGUGAUGCGCGAUUCGCCCAUUGUGUAUGACCUGAUGUUGACGACAAUGCGAAUAUUCAAGGAUCAGGAGUUUGUGCACGGUCACUACCAGCAGUACUCCCUGGUCCAGGCGCUCGACAAGCUUCCAGGAGUCCACGUCGGCGUCGCGGGAAGCGACCGGCUCACGAACGGCAACGUCUUCUGGGGCCACCGCGAGCUGCUCAAGGUGUCGGACGUGAUCUCCGUGCAUGCCAACUGGAUGACGUCCGCGAUGAAAAUCCCGUGCCUGAAGGAGGCGGGCUUCUGGAUGGACAAGAGCGCUCCGAAGAGGCUCACAUUCAAGCCGCCGACGCAUGGGCGGCCAGAGGGCAGACUGGACUCCAGGGGCGCUACGCUCGAGAUCUGCGGCGCCGACGCCGUGGCGGCCGCGCCUCCCUUGACGCCCGCCCCGACCGCUCCGACGAGGCAGAUACUCAAUGAGGAGGCGGCCGAGAAAGUCGGGGGCGUGCCGGCGGUCUCUGCAGCGGUCGGGCCCAGCAGGCCGACCGAGCCGGGGUGCUACGUCUGGCUGCCCAGCGGGUGUCCGAACCACAAGUACAGCGCCAAGGAUGUCUGGCGCAAGAGGGACGACGCCAAAGUCCGCAGCCGGUGCAUGAUCGAGGCGAAGGAGUUGCUGGACGCGUGGUGCGGGACCACAGACGCCCGGAUGCUGUUCAUCGCCCCCCCGCCGCCGACCCCGCCAGCGCCGGAUGCCCCCGGGUGCUACAUCUAUAUGCCGAGUGGCUGCGAGAAGCAGAAUUUCAAGACGCCGACCUGGAGGGAGCUCUCCUCGAAGGAUUUUGCCGACAGGGACAUGUGCCAGGGGAAGGCUGCCGUCAAGCACAACAGGUGGUGCGACGUGGACGAUGCCGUCGCCUUAUGGGUGCCCGCGCCGCCGCCUCCCCCCAAAGAAUUGGGUUGCUUCGCAUUUUUGCCAACAGGCUGCAAGGAUCACCCCAUGAUAGCAAACACUGACAACUGGAUCCACGACGUCUGGGGUGACCAGAUGUCGAGUGGAGGCUCUGGAGUUCGCGCGACCAUCGCCGCUUGCGAAGGGGCUCGCAGGAGCAACAUCGAGGCAUGGUGUGGUGUCUCGAAUGUCAAGAUGCUGUUCAAUGCGGGGUGA